AGGAAGCGCUUUGCCUGAGAGGAAAGGUGGCAAAGGCGGUUGUUUGGGUCCGAGUGCACUGCGGGAGGUAGUUUCAGAGGAAGGGCAGAAGCCGGCCGCUAUGGGGGUGCCGAAGUUUUAUCGGUGGGUCUCGGAGCGGUAUCCUUGCCUCAGUCAGGUGGUGAAGGAGCAUCAGAUUCCAGAAUUUGACAACUUAUAUUUGGACAUGAAUGGCAUUAUUCAUCAAUGUUCACAUCCUAAUGAUGAUGAUGUUCAUUUCCGAAUCUCUGAAGAUAAGAUCUUUGCUGAUAUAUUUCACUAUUUAGAAGUUUUAUUUCGCAUUAUUAAACCAAGAAAAGUUUUUUUUAUGGCAGUUGAUGGAGUAGCUCCAAGAGCAAAAAUGAACCAGCAACGUGGUAGACGUUUUAGGUCAGCAAGGGAAGCAGAAGACAAAAUUAAGAAGGCAUUAGAAAAAGGAGAAAUUCUUCCAACUGAAUCCAGAUUUGAUUCCAAUUGCAUUACACCAGGGACUGAAUUUAUGGCCAGGUUGCACGAACACCUGAAGUAUUUUGUAAAUAUGAAGAUUUCCACAGACAAAUCUUGGCAAGGCAUAACUGUCUACUUAUCAGGCCAUGAGACACCAGGAGAAGGAGAACAUAAAAUUAUGGAAUUUAUUAGAUCAGAAAAAACAAAGCCUGACCAUGAUCCAAACACAAGACACUGUCUCUAUGGUUUAGAUGCUGACUUGAUAAUGCUUGGGCUGACAAGUCAUGACCCACACUUCUCCCUUUUAAGAGAAGAGGUCCGGUUUGGUGGCAAAAAAUCACAAAGAGCAAGUGCCCCAGAAGAAACCACUUUUCAUCUUUUGCACUUAUCAUUAAUGAGAGAAUAUAUUGACUAUGAAUUUUCACCAGUUAAAGACAAGAUUUCAUUUCCAUAUGAAAUUGAAAGAAUAAUAGAUGAUUGGAUUUUAAUGGGCUUUCUUGUUGGAAAUGAUUUUAUUCCUCAUCUACCUCAUUUUCAUAUUAACCAUGAUGCAUUGCCGCUGCUUUAUAGAACAUACAUGACUACAUUGCCUGAACUUGGAGGUUAUAUAAAUGAAAGUGGGCACCUCAACUUGCCCCGCUUUGAGAAAUACCUUAUAAAAUUGUCAGAUUUUGAUCGUGAACACUUCAGUGAAAUCUUUGUAGAUCUAAAAUGGUUUGAAAGCAAAGUUGGUAAUAAAUAUUUAAAUGAAGCAGCUGGUAUUGCAGCUGAAGAGUCAAAAAAACAAAAAAACCUCAAGGCUCAGGAAAAUGUUAUAUGCUUGGAUGCUUUAGAGAAAACUGACAAUGGACAUGUAGAGGCUUCAAAAACAGCAGUAGAAGAUGAACUGGAAGAUGAGGGUUUGUUUGAAGCAGAAUUUAGACAAUACAAACGAACAUAUUAUAUGACAAAGAUGGGUGUAGAAGUUGUUUCAGAUGACUUUCUGGCUGACCAGGCAAAAUGUUAUGUCCAGGCAAUACAGUGGAUAUUGCAUUAUUACUACCAUGGGGUUCAAUCAUGGAGCUGGUACUACCCUUUCCAUUAUGCACCUUAUCUCUCAGAUAUUUGCAAUAUCGGUGAACUGAAGAUUCAUUUAGAUUUAGGAAAACCAUUUAUGCCAUUUGAACAACUUCUUGCAGUACUUCCUGCAGCUAGCAAGGAUUUAUUACCGAAAUGUUACCAGCAUUUAAUGACUAGUGAAGAGUCUCCCAUUAUUGAAUAUUAUCCAACAGAAUUUAAAACUGAUUUAAAUGGAAAGCAACAAGAGUGGGAAGCUGUAGUUUUAAUCCCAUUUAUUGAUGAGAAACGAUUAUUAGAAGCCAUGGCACCAGGCAACAAAUUAUUGAAAGCAGAAGAAAAGCAAAGAAAUAGACACAGUGAAUGCCUAAUGUGCUUAUAUGAUAGAGAGAAAGAAUUCCGGUAUUUAUCACCAUGGCCAGAAAAGUUCCUUUCCAUAGAAAAGUGUCAUACGAGGUGUGAAGCUGUGUCUAUGGAUGCUUGGCAUGUGGAUAUAGCUGAUAAUAAAAUAACUCAAUUAGAUACUGAGAAGUUAUAUUUUUGUGGCUUUCCUACUCUAAAACACAUUAAUCACAAGUUUGGUCUGAAAAAAAGUGGAGUGCAAGUAUUUCAGCAAAGCAGUCAUGGAGAAAAUAUGUUGCUGGAAAUUAUAGCUGCAGAAGACUCAGAGGAGUUGGAUAUAGAAAAAGUAGCCAGUUUGAUACUUGGGAAAUCAAUCUUUGUUAACUGGCCACAUCUUGAGGAAGCCAGAGCUGUUGCUGUAUCUGAUGGUGACACUAAGUUUUACUUGGAGGAGCGUCCUGGACCCCAAAAAGUUUAUAGGGGAAAUGCUGUGCCACCAACUAAAGUAACAUUUGUUGGAGAAAAGGAAAAUAAUGUAUGGAUAAAAGAAAUCCAGGGAAUUUCAGAACACUACCAAAGAAGAAAAGGAGUAAUUAUAAACGAAACAUCUAUAAUUGUCUAUGCACAAUUACUAACUGGGAGUAGAUAUCAGUUAAAUCAAAAUGGUGAAGUGUAUUUUGAAAAGCAGUGGUCCAAGCAAAAUCUACCUUUUGCAUACCAGACAAUUGUCAAGGAUAUAAAAACUUUUGAUUGCCACUUCUCCAAAUUAAAAACUUUGGAUGACCUAUUCCCUCUUGGAUGCACAGUUUUCAUGCUAGGAACACCUUACUAUGGCUGCACAGGAGAAGUUCAGGAUUCCUCUGAUGUAAUCUCAGAUGGCAGAAUCCGUGUUGUUUUCAACAUUCCAAUUGAACCUCAGCUGGAUAUCUUAAUACAGAAUCAGCAUAAAUAUUCUGUGAAAUAUAAUCCUGCAUAUGUAUUGGCCAGUCGCCUUGGAGUGAGCAGCUAUCUUGUAUCAAGAUUUACAGGAAGCAUUUUUAUUGGAAGAGGAGCCAGGAGAAAUCCACGUGGAGACCAUAAAGCAAAUGUAGGUUUAAAUCUGAAAUUCAAUAAGAGGAAUGAAGAAGUCCCUGGCUACACUAAAAAGGUUGGAAAUGAAUGGAUGUACUCUUCUGCAGUGGAACAGCUUCUAGCUGAAUAUUUAGAAAGGGUACCAGAACUUUUUACUUACUUAGCCAAAAAUAGUCCAGAAGAUAUAUUUUAUGAAGAUGACAUUUGGCCUGGUGAAGAGGAGAAUGGUGCUGAGAAAGUUCAAGAAAUCAUGUCAUGGCUAAAGGGUCAUCCUGUCAGUACACUUUCACGUUCAUCUUGUGAUUUGCAAAUUCUGGAUGCAGCUAUCAUUGAAAAGAUUGAAGAAGAAAUAGACAAAUGCAAGCAAAGAAAAAGUAAUAAGAAAGUGCGUGUGACAGUGAAAUCUCACUUAUUAUACAGACCUUUAGAACAACAACAUGGAAUUUUACCAGAUCAAGAUGCAGAAUAUCGAUUGUUUGACCGUGUUGUGAAUGUGAGAGAGAACUUUUCUGUUCCCCUUGGACUUCGUGGUACUAUAAUAGGAAUUAAAGGAGCCAGCAGAGAAUCUGAUGUGCUGUAUGAAGUACUGUUUGAUGAAGAAUUUCAUGGAGGUUUAACAAUAAGGAGUUCACCUUCCAGAGGAUACCGCAUGCCAGCUUGUGCCUUAAUUAACAUAUCUCAUGGCUAUCGAACUGAAACAGGAAAUCAGAAGUUAACAGCCAUAGUUAAGCCACAGCCAGCUGUGAGUUCCUACAACUCAUAUUCAUCGGAAUCAUUUUCUGUAUCUUCCCAAAAAGCACAUCUAGGAGGCCUCAAUCAUUCUCCUCGUUCACUCUUUGUUCCAACUCAACAAUUGAAUGGAAGACAGCAUAAUAGUAUCAAAACAGAAAAGCAGGGCAAUUCCAGUUCUCAGCAGAAAGUAACCUAUACAAGUAUCCAUCAGAAAUGUAAACAAGCUCACAAUAAAAAAGAUGAUGAAUUUUGCAACAUUUGGCAAUCAUUGCAGAACCCUGGAAAGUCUCAGCCUUCCCUACAAAAUAAGGAUGAAAUGGUUGAAGAUUUUUUACCUCAAUAUUUAAACUUCGGUGCCAGUAAUAAGUCCUGCAAACCAGGUUUCAAUGAGAAUAGCUUUAAAAGUCAGCAAAAAGCCCAGGACUCAUUUAGGAAAUCCAAAGAAGAUUCUAAAGAGCCAAGAAAUGAAGGUCAAAAACAAAAAAUAUCAAACAAACUGGUUGAAGAUUUUUUACCUCAAUAUGUAAACUUCGGUGCCAGUAAUAGGUCCUGCAAACCAGGCUUCAAUGAAAAUAGCUUUGAAAGCCAGCAUAAAGCCCAGGACUCAUUUAGGAAAUCCAAAGAAGAUUCUAAAGAGCCAAGAAAUGAAGGUCAAACACAAAAAAUAUCAAACAAACUGAAUUUUGCAGGUGUAAGUAAGAGUAAUGUAAAGCUUCUGAAGAGAAAUGAAGGCUCAAGUACACAAAUAGAACAAAAAUCUGUAAUUCAUGAUUCCAGUAUAACUGCAAAGAAUGGGUCUGAACUUGGAGAUAUUUUGGCAUCUUUAAAAAUUUUCAAGGAAAGGGAAAAAUCACCUGAUUCCAAGGAGCCAACAAAUGAAGAUCAUUUAUCUCCCCAGUCGUUUGCCAUGAAAGGAACACAGAUGCUCAAAGAAAUUUUGAAGAUAGAUGCUUCUGCCACUCCAGAAGGAAAGAUUAAUGAAAUUUCACCUUCCACUUGUAAACAGGACUCUUUUGAACCUGCAUCACAAUGUAGACACCCCCAAAAGAUAGUGGACUUCAUGAAUAAAUCUAAUAUUGGAGGGUCACAGAACAUUCAAGCCAUGGGAAAAGGAAGCCAUCCUCCUCUUGGAACACCAAAUACAGUAUCUACUGCUGUGUCUGAACUUUCUCGUAUCUGUUCCCUUGUUGGAAUGUUGCAACCAGAUUUCUCAUUCCUUAGAACCCCACAGACAAUGACAGUUUGUCAAGUGAAGUUAUCCAAUGGCUUAUUAGUGCAUGGACCUCAGUGCCAUUCUCAAAAUGAGGCCAAGGAGAAAGCAGCAUUUUUUGCUUUACAACAGUUGAGCUCUAUUGGGAUGAAUUUUCCCCUGCCACCGCAGCAACCAUUGCCACCCCCACCAAUAUUUCCAAAUUAUCAGCCACUGGGAAAUCUUAUGGCACCUAGAGCUAUCCCUCCGGUUUUCAGUCAACAGCAGACUGCUAAUAUAUUUCCUUCAUCAUUUCCUGCCUUUGGUUCAGUGCAGUGGGGAGCACCAAUGCCAGUUCACAGCAAAUCUUAUUAUACAGGUUCAUAUCCUGGAACUGCAUAUCCUGCAACUAUACCAGUUGGCACACAUAACCAAUUUAUACCUUUGCAGGUAACUAAAAAAACAGCUGCAAACAAAAUAAAUUUUGAGUCUAAGGAGUUCCAAGCUUCUCUUCAGGAUGCACAGUUAAAGAACAAUCAAUCAAUAUCUGACACCACAAAACUGAAUUCACCAGAUACUUCCUCAGAUCCUUUAAGACCUUCUCACACUGUUCAAUCUGCAGCAUCUUUUCAAGAAAAAAUGGCAUCUCCAAAUUCAAGGGUACCUCGUAAAAAGUCAACACCAAAUGUUUCUACCAAACGAAAAUCCAGAAAAUUGGCUGUUAAUUUUGGUGCAUCAAAAUCUUCAGAAUAAGUAUGGUACACAGAAUACUUACCUUUCUAUUGUAUUAUACGAAUAAAUUCAAUUUUAAAUUUUAAUUCAAAUCCAAAUUAUGCUUUUAAUUAAUAUUUUCUUCCAGUCGCAUUAUUUUUAAAACUAAUUAUGCUCAUUAAAGAACGUUAUUUAAUUGAUAAAAUCCAGAAACUUUUGAAUUAAGGUAGUUACACUAGCCAUCUUGCCUAAUUUUUUUUUAAAUGGCUUUUAAACAUUAAUGCAAGACAGCAGCAAUAAUAUUGAUAGUGCUAGAACUGCUUUUUUAAAACUGGAAGUGAGUCUGAAAGAAUUAUUCUUGAUGAUUUGUCUCCUUUUUAAAGAUUACAUAACUUCUACAAACUAUUUAUAUGUAACCAUUAUUUUAUUUCUAUAUUUCAGAUUCUUAUAAUCUGAUACGGUGUGAAUAGAUUUUAACUAUUGUGGCACUGCCAACUUUACAUAAAAUUAUAUCUAGGAAUUAUACCAAAGCAAUUUAAGACAAUUAGGACCAGAAUUUCGGUCACUAAGUGAUGUAGUCAUAAAGUAAGAUGUUAUUGACUACAUUGCUUAAUGACUGCAAUCCCAGCAGUCCUCAUUCUUUGUCCCUCCCAGCCAAAGUCUCAAUAAUGUAAGGGACUGCCUCCAGUUCCCCCCACCCAUCUAUCUCACACCCAAUCCCUGCUCUUUGACCGCCCUGCAUUCUGCCGUGUGGAACAGCAAGCAACCCCCAGAACAGCAUGACUGUGAGGCUGUGUGACACGGCAUGGGAAGCUCAGCCUAGUCCUAGUUAACCUUACCACCCUGCACUAGGAGAUCCCUGCCACCCUGAGCUCUACAAACACCCCCCCCCAUCACCAUUUCCUUGCUUCCACUGCCAAUGAGCUAUGCCUAAUCUGGCUUUUAGGCUGGGCAGCACUUCUGCUGGGGGGGGAGGGGAGGAGUUCAAGGCAGUUCCUUUGCAAAAAGUUUCUCAGCAAAGCUGAGCUUUAUGUUCCCAAAAUAAAAAAAACUAAAAGCAGUCUCAAGGAGGGGAGGAUUGGAACAGUAAGCUAAUCCCUUCCAGAAGCUCUUUACAAGCGGUUGCUUUGAGGGUUUCCUCCCCACUUUUAGUAACAGAAAGCUUACCCCCACUCAGAAGCUGGUUACAAAAGGUCUGCUUCGGGUUUUAUUUUUCCACAGCUGAAGCCAAGUCUACCAACCAGGCUGGGCAUACCUCAUCAGCACUGGGAGGAUGAAGACAGUGAAAGUUAACCGAGGCAGUGGAUUACAGGGUGUCAGGGUUCCAAAAAGGCACAGAUGGGGGCAUAGGUGGGGAGGAAUUGAAGUGCCCCUGGGGUCAUAAAUGUAGGCAGGCUGCCAAGCACUCAAAAUUUGAUCAGGCAACCAUAGGGGUGCUGCAACAGCUGUAAUUCAGGCAUGGGUUGUAAGUCUCUUUAUUUAGCGCCAUCAUAUCUUUGAACAGUCAUGAAUGGUGGUCAAGGACUACCUCUAAAUGUCUUUAACUAAAUGGCACCAUGUUACAGCAAAUAAGGUACACAAUUUAUUGAUCUGGUUUUAUCCUGAACACAAAAAUUAUCUCUGCACAUUGCUCAGUAAUCCCAUACACUUAGAUGUGGCAUACAACCUAUCUUUAUUUAUGAAAAUGAACUCUUUACAAUUUGGAACAGUUGUUUUUUUAUAGGAUAAAAAUUUUAUAUGAUUUCCUAAAAAAUAAUUGACAGUCUUAACUCAUUCUUGGACACCCCACAAGUCUUUUUAUUUUUGUUUCAUUGUUCGCCUUCAGUGUCUUUUGGGAGAAAUAAAACACGAAUCAGCAGGAUACUGUUUUAUUACUAACUUUUGAAACAUUCAGAAUGUUGUUGUUUUUUACUGGAAGCAGCAGUAGCAUUAUAUGAAUGAUAUGAUUACUUUCAAAUAACACAUUUCUCAUGCUAGAGUAAUUUCACUAUAGGAAAAUAUCCAAAUAAUGCUGUCAAUAUAUUAUCUCCACAUACUUGCAUCCAAGCCGAGUCCAUGUUGAUCCAAGACAAACUCCUUUUAACAUGAAAUUUAACAAUUUCAUGCAAAACUAGUACAUUGUUACAUCACAGCAUGGGAAGUGGCCAUACUCACCACCAAACAGUACUUUACUUAUACUUUGCCUUGAAUUAUGUUUAACAGAGAAUACUUUCUUAAUGCUGGCAUUUGGUUUUAAAUCCACAGUAGUUUAGGAAUCAGCCUAUUAUUUUUCUGAGUUUAAGUAAAUUAGGCUGUCUGUUAAUUUGGGUUUUGGUAAUAGGUAUGGUCUGGUUACAGAUUUCCAUGGGUGACAACCACUUUUAUUUGCCAGUGUGACUAAAGGCUGGAUUGCUUUUUGUUUACAUGGUUAGGAAUAUAAACAUCCAUACUCUAGGCCCUGGAAUGUUUUUUUUCUGUGUCAAAAUCUGUAAACUCUGUGUUAGCCACUAAAGAAAAAGUUGACUUAGAACCAGCAAAAAUAUGCAUUUUUUCCUAUUAGAUUUUUAUUUAUUUUUUAAUCCAAAUUGCCACUUACUUUCAAUGAUUCCAUUCAUAUCUGUACAUUACAUCUGUUCCAUUUUUAUUUUUCUUAUGAAUCAGCCAAAUCAGUAUUAGUUUCCAUAUAAGGUACCCUGGGUUUUUUUUUAUGUUGUAAGACAUAAAUAAUUGGCUUAAGGCCUCUCAGAGUGUAUUUUAUAAAUGCUGGAUUUUUUCACAAAUCUUGUACAAAACAGUAUUUUAUUAAAAUCUCAAAAGGAAAAUGUGCAGAUUUUAUAAUUUCCUUUCAAGAAAAUGCUUUGUCUACGUAACAAGUGAGAUAUCAUAAAUCGGCAUGAAUAUCAAGUGUAUUUUUGUGUAUAGUGCGUGUAUGUCAGAAUUCUAUCAUAUAUAAAAUAUUGUGCAAAGGUAUUUUAAAAUGCAAAUUUACAAUGUACAAUGAAGGAUUAACAUGUAUGGUUGAAAUACCAUGGAGAAAUUUAAUACAAUAAUUUUAUAUAAGA